AUGUCCUCCACCAAUCAGCAAUCUGUAGAACGUGGACUCAUCAGUCGUCAGGUCACGGAAACACCUUCUUUAUGGCAACUGAGCGUCCAAGUGCUAGACUCCGAUCCCGGUUUGAGAGAAGUGCUGGUGACCUAUUGGCCUCCUCUACAGGCUGUUGGCUUCCAGAGGACUGCACCAAUGAUGGAGGAGGACCGGAGUCACAUGACCGAGAAGAUUCUAAACCUCACCCUGGAGAUCAUUUGCUUGUUGACCAAAAAGAGAUUUCCUCACUUGAAGUCUGGUGACCAUGUGACCAUCACUGUUUAUCCGCCUCAUUCCGCGACACUGGAGAAAAACUUCAAUGAGAAGAUUAUAAAAGCCACCAAGAAGAUGAUGGAGCUGCUGACGGGAGAGCGUAAAAACCUCGAAGAUUAUAACAUUGUUGUUAAAGAAGAACAUAAAGAGGAGGACGAGGAGUACGGGGUGAUGGAGGAGCUUUCUGAAGGACACAAGGAUAUGAGGGAGCCCUCGAACAACAGGAACCCACCAGAGAGAUGUCCCCGCCCCCUGUAUUCCCGGGAUCCCACCCAGGAAGGUCUCACCAUCCCCCUCCAUGAUCAGGGUGAAGAUCUGAUGAAGAUGAAAGUUGAGGGUGAAGUAGAAGAGACGUAUGUGAGGGAUGAUCAGCGAUAUACGGAGGAGGCCGGGAUGAUGAGGACGACGUUCAUAGUGGAGGACGCUACUAUAGAGAUCAGCACAGGACACGCCAUGGAGGAACCCUCAAAGGAUCGUCUGACUUUAUCUCCAGGUUGUAAGAUGGAAGAUGAGGACAUCACAGCAGAUUGUGCGGGAGAAGAGACAAUGAGCUCAGCUAUGGAUGGUGGACGUCGCAGUGCGGAGAGACCAUGGAAUCCCUCUGACUCUGAGCGACCUCGUCCUGUGGGGGAUGGUGCCGGAAUUCAGGGGCAGGAGACAUUUUCCGCUCCUGAGUGUGGGAAAAGUUUUCAAUCUGAACAUCGGAGAUCUCGGAAAGGGAAGAAGAAUCAUUCCUGUUCAGAGUGUGGAAAAAGUUUUGCGCACAAGUACAGCCUUUCCCUCCAUCAGAGGUCUCACACAGGGGAGAGGCCUUUUUCCUGUCCUGAGUGCGGGAAAUGUUUUUUACAGAAGGCCCAUCUUUCCAGGCAUCAGAGAUUACACACAGGCGAGAAGCCAUAUUCCUGGGAGAAGCUUUUCUCCUGCUCUGAGUGCGGAAAACGUUUUUCACAGAAGCACAGUCUUGCGAUACAUCAGAGAUCUCACACAGGGGAGAGGCCUUAUGCCUGUGAAGAGUGUGGGAGCAGUUUUUUACAGAAGGCCCAUCUUUCCAGACAUCAGAAAUUACACACCGGUGAGAAGCCCUAUUCCUGCCUUGAGUGUGGGAAAAGUUAUCCACGGAAAUCAGACCUUCUUAUUCAUCAAAGAUGGCACAGCGGGGAGAAGCCGUAUUCCUGCGAAGAGUGCGGGAAAUUUUUUUCACAGAAGUCCAGUUUUAACAAACAUCAGAGAUUGCACACGGGUUGCAAGCCUUAUUCCUGUCCUAAGUGUGGGAAAUGUUUUUCAGAAAACAGCAGGCUUUUCAGACAUGAGAUAUUACACACGGGUGAGAAGUCAUAGUCUUGCCCCAAGUGCAGAAAACGUUUUACACAGAAAUCGGAACUUUUUACAUAUCGCAGAUCCCACAUAGUAGAAAAGCCAUCGUCCUGCCCUGUGUGCGGGAAAUGUUGUCCACAGAAAUCCAAACUUUUCUAGCAUCAAAAAGCUCACACGGGAGAAAAGCUUCAUACCUGUUCAGAGUGCGGAAAAGGUUUUUCACAGAAGUACAGCCUUUCCCUCCAUCAGAGAUCUCACACAGGGGAAAGGCCUUAUUCUUGUCCUGAGUGCGGUAAAUGUUUUUUACAGAAGGCCCAUCUUUCUAGACAUCAGAGAUUACACACAGGCGAGAAGCCAUAUUCCUGUCUUGAGUGUGGGAAAAGUUAUCCCCGAAAAUCAGACCUGGUUAUACACCAAAGAUGGCACAGAGGGCAGAAGCCAUAUCCCUGUGAAGAGUGCGGGAAAUUUUUUUCACAGAAGUCCAGCCUUAACAAACAUCAGAGAUUGCACACGGGUUGUGUGAAGUUGUAUUCCUGUCCUGAGUGUGGGAAAAGUUUUUCACAGAACUCCAGCCUUUCCAUACAUCUGAGGUCUCACACAGGUGAAAAGUUGUAUCCCUGCCUCGAGUGUGGAAAACAUUUUUCACAGAAGAACAAUCUUAUUGUACAUCAGAGAAUACACACAGGCGAGAAGCCUUAUUGCUGCCCUAAGUGUGGGAAAAGUUUUUCAGAUAAGACUUGUUUUUUAAGGCAUGAGAGAAUGCCUUAUUCGUGCCCUACGUGUGGAAAAUGUUUUUCAAAUGAGACCAGGCUUUUCAGACAUGAGAUAUUACACACGGGUGAGAAGUCAUAG